GGAAGCAAAGCAACUUGCCGAAAUAAUCGAUCUUCAACAACAAUUAAAACUUGCUCAAGACCAGGUCAAGGAAUUAGAAAGUAGUUUAAGAAUUGCUAUUCAAACUUCCGAAAUAGCCACUCAAACCAACUUUGGCUGA